AUGAAACGGAAACUGGAUGCAGUCGACGCCGACAUUGGCAGGGACGAAGGUGCAUUCGACGGGGCAGAUGCUUCGAAUUCAAAACGCGAAACGCGUCGAUUAUUAUUGAUGCAAAUUGAUGAUUACUGCAGUGAGCAGCAAAUCAGCUCUGAGCAUCGCAAGCGUAAUCAAUUGUUCGCUGAUGAAAUCAUCGACUAUUUGAGUUAUGAAAACUCCGUUGUUUCUACUGAUCAAAAGCAUUUGCCAUUCAGCCGAGAAUUCGACCUUUGCGAUACAAGUCAUCUUUCGACGAAUGGAAUUCAGUUUCCAAUUCGUUUACCGUUCGGUCGUCAACUGGACGAGAUACGUUCAUCGAAUCGUUGCAAGUGGAUGAAUCCCGAAGAAAUAGUUAUUCUAAGCGAAGAUUCACUUCGUCUAACGACCGUCGACGAUGUGGCGCUCGACCUGGAUGUUGUCAUUCCAUUGAAAUAUUUUGGUUCGCGUGAUUUCCUGAAUUUUGCUUAUCAUAUAAAGCGUGCUCAAUAUGCAUGCUGUGUGUGCAUCUUGUUGAAAAAAGCGAAUCGUGACUAUCAGUUCAAAUUCGCUUUCGAUGAAUACGAUCCGUACAGACCAAUUUUAUUGGUGACAAACGAUGAUCAAUCAGUUGUUCGUCUUCAUUUCUCACCAGCGGAUACGUUCGCAAAUCCGAGUCGUUUUCGUCCUGAUAAUAACAAUCUGCGGUCAGCAUUUUGUUUUGGACAUCAAGCAGCGAGUGUGAAUCAUAAUCGUUCAGAUGUUGAACCUCCGACGCCUUAUUAUAAUGCAAGCAUUUUAUCGGAUUUGGUUAGACGGAAGUUGGAUGAAAAUUUUAAAAAAUUUCUGGAAAAUAAACCAAAUUUUGUGAAAGCAAUUUUGAUGUUACGAAAAUGGAUGCAGUUGAGACAUUUUACAACGAGACACAAUGGCUUUAAUAGGAACUUGAUAACGGCUUGGUUGAUUUAUUUGUGUGAACGCGAAGGCGUAUUGAGUAAAUCGAGUGCAGUUGUCGAUAUUAUUGCUGCAUUUUUUACUUCUCUGGCAACGAUUGAUUGGGAAACGAAGUGUUUGUACUUGGCAGCAGAUGUGGAUAAUGAUAUCAUUGAUCAGUUCAAGAAGCAUUAUCGCUAUGUCUUUCUGGAUUAUUCCAAAUACCUCAAUUUGGCAUACUCACUGAGUAGUGUUGCAUGGGAAAAUAUUCGUGAUGCUGCCGUAAGGAGUCUAUCCAAUAUGGAAAGCUUCAAUCAAUUUGAAAUACUUUUCAAUACUGAAAUACCGUUUCAACUUUCUUACGAUCUCUAUUUCAGUGUUCACGCCAACAAAGAUUUUAUUAUGGAACAACCAAGAGGAUUUUAUAUGAAUGAGUUGGUGAGAUACUGUGAUGAUUGGUUUCGAAUCACGACUGAACGAAUUUAUACACUCAUGAAAAAAGCUUGGGUUGGGCGUGCAUCUUUAUUUGAUAUUCGAAUACAGGUGACGGAUUGUCCGUUUGUUGAUGGCACUAAAAAAACUUAUGGAGAUUGCCCGGAUAGCAGUGUCGUUGAGCGUUUGUCUACUGGAAAGAGUGAUGAGAUCGAUAAGGACUAUUUGGAUGCACCAAAAGAGGUUUAUUCGAAUUUCUAUAUUGUUUUGUAUGGUAAAAUGGAAUUGAGUCAUUUAUUUCAGUGGAAAGUAUCGAAGUCAGCCCCACCACUCUCAUCAAACGAUCAAGCAGCACAUUUCAUAUUGGGUGUUCGACUUUUGCCAGGAUGGCAGAAUACGGUCACUCGUGGACCACCGGCGAAAUCGAUCGACGCGAACGAAUUUCGUUCGUUUUGGGGUGAUGUUUGCGAAUUACGCAAAUUCGUUGAUAAUGCAAUUUGUGAAGCGAUUGUAUGGAAUGCGAACGCAUCCUUGUCAGCCUCAGUACCCUUUCAAAUAUGCCAACAUAUCUUAUCACGUCAUCUAAAAUUGAAACAAGUCGCAUUCGAAGAACGAAGUGUUUUUGAUGAGAGUUCAUUGAUGCCUUCAACAGAAAUCGCAGUCAACAAUCGUUAUGAGCAAAUAUUACGAUGUUUUGAUAAAUUGUCACAAACACUUCGUACAGUUAAAGAUUUACCGUUACUCAUCACGAAUAUCAAUCCCGUAUCGUCAUUCCUUCGAGGCACAUCGCCAUUUCCGCCACCGAUCGUUGAUGGUAUUGUCGAUAAAAACUGCGCAAAAUUAUUUAUGAACAAUCAGGUUGCUCUUCCAGUGCGCACUACUUCACCGCAUUUUCUACCAUCUAUUGAAGUACAUCUAACAAUGGAGCAAAGCGGUAAAUGGGGCGAAAAUUUGGAAGCGAUUGCAAACCUGAAGACCGCCUUCUAUAAUGCGUUAUGCAAAAUAUUAAACGAAAAGUUUUCGUGCCGUUCGUUUGCAUAUGAAAGUUAUGCACUCGUUGUUGUGGAUGGUGUGAUAUUCCGACUUGUAAUUUCGUAUCCGAGGGAAGUGCAUAUUAUGCGAAAAAAUGCAGCUGGUGGAGGCAUACGGUUAAAGGACACCCUCGAAACGAAAAUACGUGAAAGAGAAGUGCUCUUAGAACCAAGUUUGGCGGCGAAUUUGCAUAGUUUAAGUCAACAAUUCUCAGCAUACGCACCAGCUUGUCGUAUUGCUUUCAAGUGGUUAGCUUCACAAAUGCUUUCCGAUCACAUUUCGGAUAUUAUCAUUGAAACGAUUAUGGCACACGUUUUCAUCUAUCCACUAACCGAUCAUCAGCCAAGAACGUCGUUCGUGGCAUUCACACAUUUUCUGAGAUUGAUUUCCUCACACAAUUGGCUCAUACGACCAUUGCUCGUUGAUUUCAAUAAAGAGUGGACUGAACAAGACAUUGACAAAAUACAAGAGGAUUUCGUCAAAAUGCGUCCUGUUCUACCGCCUAUGGUGAUAUGUAUUCCUCAAGAUCGUGUCGGCUGUCGGUGGACCCGUGAUGAGCCUCAUGCAGUCAUUUUGAAACGCAUCAUCGCUCUAGCGAAGAUGGCUCUGAAUAUAAUUGAAUUUAACAUUGGUUGCAAGGAGCGCAUUUUUCUUAAGUGUGAUACUAUCAAUACGUUGCCCGUAUGCGAUUACGAUCCGGUUGCAGAAUAUAUACGAAUUUUAAAAAUGAAUUUUGCUACAAUAGCGCUUUUCUUCUAUGACAAAUACAAUGGCGAUCGAAUAGCUGUGAUCUGGAAACCGGAUGCUCUACAGCCGAAACAGUCAAACAUUUCGAAUAGUUUAUUGCGAUAUCUGACAGCCGAAAGUGAUAUAUUGAAGUUGAACAAGCAAGCAAUUAUUGAAGAUUUUAUCAUGGAUGACCUGACGGCCAUGUUAGCUGAAAGUUCUGUGGCACCACCAAACAGUACAAGCUGUGAGCAUCCUCGUUUCUCGCAAUACAAAAACCUUAUGAAAGCAGAAGCAAGUCAAGAGAAACGUCGUGCAGAAUAUUUACGAAGACAAAAAGAAGCACGUUUCAAUUACACGAAUCAUGCACGAAAUUUGGCGAUGAAUAAGUUCGAUGAGGAAGACGAGGAUGACAAAGAGGACUGGUGCAAAGGAGAUGACGACGAUCAGAUGAGUGAGGAUGCGACUGCUGUGAAGCAAUCGAAUCGUGAAGAAACACCAACGAAACAUCACAAACUGAGCGCUAGGAGCCGUUAUGCAAAUGAAUUGAUGCUCAGUGAAUGGCUCGUCGAUAUUCCGACAACUCUCUCAACCGACUGGAUAUGCUUACCGUGCCCAGUCGGUAGACGGGCACUCGUUGUCGCAUCAAAUGGCGUCACCAGUGCAUAUUCCAAAUCUGGCUAUUUGAUCAAUCAGUUUUCAUCGUAUCUACCUGGUGGCAAUCGAUCAUCGCACACGCAUUAUACGCUGCUCGAUUGCGUCUACUCAGCAAAACAAUCGACGUUUUAUUGCUUGGAUAUGAUCACAUGGAAGGAUUCAACUGUGGCCGAUUCGGAUUUCGAGUGUCGUUUGUUUCUGUUGAAUUCAAGAAUAUCCGAAAACGAAAACUUCAACGAGAUAUCGAAGCAAUUUCCGUAUCGAUUCGUGUGCUUACCAUCGUGUCGUUGUCAUCGUUCCUCAAUCGAACAGUUGAUGAAGAGUAGUACUGAUUUCGAGUUCGAACUUGACGGUGUAUUAUUCUAUUAUGCGGGUGCAUUAUAUCGACCUGGUCAGAGUCCGCUUGUUGGUUGGUUGAAACCAUGGAUGCUACCAGAGAUUUUAUCCGUUUCAAUACCAGAUGCGUUGAUGAGUGGAAAUUCAUCAUCAAAAGGCACAUCGCAGAAGUUUAUCGAUGAGUUCAACACUAAGCAUAAGCAUGUGUCAUUGACGAAACACAGUCAACAAGCACUCGUCGAUGAAGCGAAGUGA